UGGCGGCGGCGUCCUGUGACCUCCAGGCGCCACCAUGGUCAGCGGGCGGCGGCCGCUCGUUCUUUCCGCCCAAAUUCCUGUUAAUAUUUAACGUGUGCCAAUGCCCACGGACCUUCUACAUGGAAGAGAGACUGCGUUAACACCCGGCGGACAUGGGAAUCGCCACCCACACUUGUAUCAGGCAGUGGUGUGUGGAGUGCUUAAUGGAUGUUCAGUGGAUGGUGCAGUGGAUACUAUGUUAGGAGACACAUCUGUAUACUGCAGCCUAAUGGUGCAGCGACCUGUGAGACAUCUGAUGGAAGCCUCUGGAUAGAAGUCUCCCAUUGGAUAGAGACCCAAGAUUACUGAUGUAUCUUCAAGAGAUCAAACUGAAGGUGAAGACAGCAAGAUGAAAUAUUAAACCUGCUUUCUCACUGAGCCGAAUUAGGAAUGGCACGCAGGAAAGCAAAGCAUUUUUCUUGACAUUGUCCUUCUCAUGAUGGAAGGACUACACAUUCCACAUCCAGGAAAGUUUCACAAUGUAAAUCAAGCCAGUCUAGUGUUUAAUCAGCAGCCGUUUGUACAUUCUAGCGUGCCUCUGUAUGGCAACUACCCUAUUCAGAGUGAAGUAGACACAAAGGACAUAGUAGAAAAGAGCAAUGAUGAAAAGCCAUACGACUGUGACCGGUGCAGCCGGAGUUUUGCCCAGAAAAGUCACCUCACCAGUCACAUGCUAUGGCACGACAAGGAGAAAAACUUCGAGUGUCCCACCUGUGGCAAGCGCUUUACUAUGGAAAGUCACCUCAAUGGCCACCUGCAGGAACACAACAGGGAGAAGCUGUUCAAGUGUGAGCUGUGCGACAAGCGAUUUGCUAUGGAAAACUACCUGAACAGUCAUAUGCUGGUACAUGUUACUGAGAAGAAGUACGAGUGUAAAGUUUGUGAGAAGAAGUUUUCUAUGGAAAAUCACCUGAACAGUCAUAUGCUUGUGCACAAUCUGGAGAAGAAAUAUGAAUGUAGUAAGUGUCACAAAAGGUACAGCCAGAAAAGUCACCUGAACAGUCAUAUGUUAAAGCACAGCACCGACAAGCGGUAUGAGUGUACACUAUGUGGGAAAAAGUUUAAUAUGGAGAAUCACCUAAACAGUCAUAUGCUUGUUCAUAGUGAAGAAAAAAGGUACGAGUGUAUGUUAUGUGGCAAGCGCUUUCUUAUGGAAAAUCACCUUAAUAGCCAUAUGCUAGUUCACAGUGAAGAAAAAAAGUUUGAGUGUUCCUUGUGUGAUAAGCGUUUUAACAUGGAGAGUCACCUAAACAGUCAUAUGCUUGUGCACAAUAGUGAGAAAAAAUUUGAGUGUCUUUUAUGUGGCAAACGAUUUAGCAUGGAGAGCCACCUGAACAGCCACAUGCUGGUCCACAAUGAACGACGGUUUGAGUGCACACUUUGUGGCAAGAGGUUUUACAUGGAGAUACACCUCAAUGCUCACAUGGUAAUGCAUAAUGCCGAUAAAAACUUUGGAUGUGAGGUGUGUGGAAAAUCUUUCCUGUUGGAGGCACAUCUUAACAGCCACAUGCUAGUACACAGCACAGAGAGGAAGUACCAGUGCAUGUUGUGCACUAAGAGUUUCAACAUGGAGAGCCACCUUAACAGUCACAUGUUGGUGCACAAUGAGAAGAAGUUUGAGUGUGUGCUGUGUGGUCGGCGCUUCAACAUGAUAAGCCACCUCAACAGCCAUAUGCUGGUGCACAGUGAGAAGAAAUUUGAAUGUGACAUCUGUGGCAAACGCUUCAAGCAGAACAGUCACCUCAACAGCCACCGCUUUGUGCAUACACAGGAGAAGAACUAUGAGUGUGAGAUCUGCCGUAAGCGUUUUGCCCAGCAGAGCCACCUGAGCAGUCACCGCUUUGUCCACCUACAAGAGAAACGGUUUGAGUGUGAGGUAUGCGGCAAGCGUUUCAUGCAGGAGCUCCAUCUGAACAGCCACCGCUAUAUGCAUAAUGAGGAAGUGAAGCUAGAAUGCCAAGAGUGGGGCAAACGUUUCACCCAGAAGAGCCAAGUCAAUGGACAGAUUAUUGUUCAUGCUGAUGAGAAAAAGUUUGAAUGCGAGGACUGUGGGAAGAAGUUUGCUCAGAAGAGUCACCUCAAUAGUCACAAGUUUGUGCAUAGGGAGCAGAAGCGUUACUCUUGUGAUGUGUGUGGCAAGCGCUUCUCACAGGAGAGCUACCUAAGCAGCCACAGGUUUGUGCACAGUGAAGAAAAGAAGUUUGAGUGUGAGGUGUGCAAGAAGCGCUUCACUCAUGAGAGUUACCUGAACAGUCACCGCUAUGUGCACAGUGAUCGAAAAGCCAAUGACUUUGUGGAAUUUGCAGCCAAGCAAUCUCGCAUUGCCUCAGACCAGCUCUCCACCUCCUCCUCUUCCACAACCACCACCAACAGUGUCCAAGUCCAGACUGACAAGAAGCCUUUUGAGUAUGAGGAUAAUGGAAAGCUCCUACUGCAGCAGACAUACCAGCCACCCUAUGCCUACGCCCAGUGGGAACAUGUGCGAACUUUGUGGUCAUUGUAGCAAGGGUCUGCCGAGAGGGAGCACUCCUGAGGUGUACUUAAUGCAUUUAACAUAUGGGCUAAUGAGACUAGAAUUGAUUACCUAUUUUUAUGGUGUGAUGAGGAACUUGAGAGGACUCCCUAUUUUUUUAUUUUUUAUUUAUUAUUGUUAUUUUCUCCCAUUGUUUGUGGUACUCUCAUGAAUAUUACUACCAUGACUGAAUGUCUAUGUAUCUUGUUAGAUUCUCCUGAGAUGUUGGCUCCUGAAUGGAACACUUGCAGCUUUGUGAUAAUUUUACAAGAAAAUUGCAAUUCUGGGAUGUGUAUAUGUACAUGAGGGUGCUGUGUGUGUGUGUGUGUGUAUGUGUGUGACUUUGUCUGUGUGUUAGGGUACCAGCAUCACUCGAAGCCAUCCUGGAAGUGUUACUAAGGAUGCUUGGCCUCAUGGUGAUGAUGAUAAUGAUGGAUGAAGGGUGUGUUGUCUCACAGGAUUGGAAGACUGACCAAGACUGAGCAGAGGUUUGUAAAGAAGUGAUUUCUGAUGGCCCCUCUUGGCCCACCUUGUCUGGCAGCUUGGCCAGAGCUAGGAGUUAACCUGCCUUCAGUAGAUUGAGAAUGGUUACUGUUCCCCUGCUCUGGUGUUUCCCAAGGUAUAUCAUGCAAAACUACUACCAUUUAUGAUGAGAAAAACAGUUACAUGUCUGUGAUUCUGUGAACCCCUUUUAAUGGUAGGCUGUCUUGUGUGUGUCAUCUCAACUAUGCUAUAUCAGAAAUGAAUGGCCUUUAUGUCAAAUGAAUAAUUUUAAAAUCUGUAUAAUUUUUUUCCUAGAUACUAACAUGUGCAACAGAUAAACUUAAUGAGUGGUCCUGACAUGCAGAGGAGUGAGUAAAUGCUGGCUGAAGACUGAAUCUAGUUUCAGCUACAAGAAAUGAAUUGUGACAUGCUGAAUCCUCCCCCUCGCACCUCUCAGUGUCCCUGGCCAUGAUACUCAAGAGAUGGUAUACACCUUAUUUUUGCAAGAUGAAUUAACUUUAUAAUAUUUUAAUUGUCAGUAAAACACCCCAAGAGUUGAGGCAUCUUGUGCCUUUUACUUUUGUUGCAAGUUCUACUAUUGCAAAGUGAUAUAAUGAAAGAAUUUGUAAAGUUUGAGUCAGGGUGCCUCUAAAUGCUGACAUGAAAAUAAAAUGUGGUUAGCUGUCUAGUUAUUUGUUGAGUUUUCAGAAAUAUGAGUUACUGGGACCACUUGCAGCUCAUUCCCUUUAAAAUUACAUAUAAUUGUUUUGCAGUCCAUGAUCACUCAUUAGAUAUAUAGUAACUGUUAGGUUUUUGGCAUGAAAUAUGUUGAUGCCAGAGGGGAAUCAUGGUGUCUUCAAAAACAUCACAGUUCUCAUCCCAUGGUAGAUCAGAGGCAUCAUUAGAUUUGUAAAUCAUAUUUUUAAUGCUUGAUUCAGUGAGGUCCAUUAGCAUAUCUCUCCCUGGCUAAGGUUUUAAAGAGAUUUUUAGUGGAUAAUGUUACUUAUUUCAUUAUUAUUAUUAUUAUUAUUAUUAUUAUUAUUAUUAUUAUUAUUAUUAUUAUUAUUAUUUUGUAAAUUACUUAAGUGAAAAGGAUAUAGAGGACUUUUGAUAUGUUUUUGAUAACUAUAAUGAGCUCAUUGAUUGAAAGUCUCAGAGACUGAAUAUGAUUUGUAAAGUUGUGUCCCUUGUCAAGGAUACUCUUAUAACUUUGUAAAUGCCAUCUACUAUGCCUUGAAAAUAACAUAGCAUCAAACGGUUUGCAAUAAGACCAUAACAGAGAACCACAUGUUUUCUUGCAGGUGUAAUCUCUUGGAAAUCUGGACCAGGGAUAGUACUGCCUUGUGCUUUCACUUAUUAUGGCAUUGCUUAAGGAAGAUUUCAGUUGAAUUAAGGAAGUUUUCAUAAGCAUCUUUGAUUAAUUCAUUUUAAAUUAUAGAUGUUUUAUGGAAACUUGAUCAUUAUGACCUGAAAUUGAUAUUCAGUUUUAACUUGCCUUAUUUCAGUUUUGUAUAUUGUUGGAAAAUUAUAGGAUGUGGAAACUUGCACUGGCAGAGCUUGAUAAUUAGUUAUAUUCAGUGGAAUUGAAGUUUCUCAAACUUGUUAUGUAGAGGGAUGGACUUCUAAAAAAAGUGGGAUAUAAUGGAAGGUUUGUUAAGCCAUUCAGCAUCCUACUCCUCCCUGGCUUGCUGUGAGGAUGAGGCUUCAGUGUGUCCACAGGUUCCUCACUGGGCACUUUCCUUGUUAUAGAGGAGAGUGGGGAAGCAUAGGUUAGAUGGAGGCAGGUUUUUCAGGAACUUCUUCCAUCCCCUUCUCCCCCAAUGAGUCCCACUGUCACAUGAGACCCAUCAGGUCUUGGGGCACUGGGAUUAAUCCUAAUAUUAUAAACAAGUACUUCUAAGAUAUUAUGCACUUAAGGUUUUUAGCUCCAGUCUAAGCUAAUUCCUUAAUCUAUGUAGUUUUCACCUUUAAGGAUUUUCUGUAAUCAAGUAAUUGAGUAGGAUAUUUAUGCAUAUUACAAGUAAGAACAUUGCCAAGGUUCCAACAGGUUGUGUAAGAACUCACUUCUGGAAGGCUCCUUUGUUUUUCUUGGUGGUCUCCACUCCAGGUAGUGUGCCUCAAAAUUUGUUAUCUCAGAGUGCAUCUAAAUCCAGUGUUGUGGAUGCAUCUCAGGGAUAAAUUUUUCUGAUUUGUGUAUUGUAAUGCACAGAGGCUGGUGAAAGUGAAUAACAAAAUAAGAGCCUUCCAGUAAUGCCCUAGUAAAUUCUUCAUGUGUGAGGGAUGAACUGGUUCUCUGCCCUCCUGUGUGUUUCUGGCAUAAGGACCAUCAAUCUGUUUGGACCUUGAAUGGACAACAUUUAUUAUCUUAGUAGUAUUUACUUAAUGUGUGGCAGUAAGGGUGUAGUGGUAUGCUGGACUGAUAGUGGUAGUGUACAUGCAGGUGUGUACUAGGCACAUUGAACCAGUACUUUUGGGGUUUGGAUAAAUAGCAACUUUUAUUAUAAGUGUUGAUGCAUUAUCUGUGACACAACAAUGAUCAACAGUAGGUGUACUAGAUGUAAUCAAAGGAAAAAAAGUUCCUUUCUAUCAACGUACUUAAUUAUGGGUUAAGGUCUGUUAUUUUGUCCUGAGACUUGUGCUAAACCUGCUGAGUCAGGGUGAGAGGCCAUCUGGGUCCUAUGUGUCCCUGAUGGUCUGGUUGCACUGCCUCAGCUAAUUAUUGGGAGGAUGUCCCUUCUCCAUCACAUUCUUUUGAACAUGGUAUAACUUUUUCAUCAAACCUCAGUUUGAGAAUUAGUGCCAAGCAGAUAACAUCACUUGGAGGAGCAAGAUACUCUUGAAGUAGUUUUCCUGCUGGGAGGGAAAGAUUAAAGAAAUUUGUGAAGAAUGUUGUGGAAGAGGAAUUUCCUUUUUAAAGCAAAAUGACUGAUUUUUCUGUAAUUUUUAGUGUCAAUUGCAAAUACUCUAUGUUAAGAUAAGGAAAUAUCCUUUAAACACAAACAAAAGAGUAUUCUCAAUCUUGAGUCAAAAUUAUGAUUACUGAGUCAGACCCUCAGCAGUGCAGGGGCCUUAUAACUCCUGUAUACAUUUUUCUUUUUGUUUAAUAAAAUUUUUAUAUUAUUUAAAGAUA